AUGGCUCGCUACAUACUCUGUAGGUUAACUGAAGAAUACGGGACUGUUGCUACUUUUGAACCACAACCAGUACCCGAUUGGCCUGGUAACGGAACGUUUGCUUACUUUUCUUCCAAGGAUAUGAGGGAGGAAGACGGAAUAUUGGUUAUAGAGAGAGCUAUAGAUAAGCUGUCGCGUCGUCACGGAGUGCAUAUCAAUGAGUAUGACGCUCACAAUGGAGCUGACAAUGCACGACGUCUUACUGGAAAAAACGGAAUGCCCAAUAUACGGGAUUUCACUGCGGGUGUUGCAAACCGUUGUUGUUCAGUUCGUAUUCCUCGUCAAGUUUCUGAAGACAAGCACGGUUAUUUGGAGGACCGACGGCCAGCUGCCAACGCUGAUCCUUAUCGUAUCAUAUCUAUCUUACUUAAAACAUCUUCAAAUUACCUCAAAGACUGUACACUGAUGUGCGAGAAGGGUGAAGUCGAAGAGCCUUGGCUUGGUUUCAAUCAAGAGUUUUUCCUGACUACUCCUGACGGUAGACCUUUGGGUUGGCCUCCAGGAGGGUUUCCUGCGCCUCCUGGUCCUUACUACUGCGCUAUAGGUGCUAACAAGAUUGUUGCUCGAGAUCUCAUGGAAGCAUUUUACAGAUGUUGUCUUUAUGCCGGAGUGCAUAUCAACGGUAUUAACCCAGGGACCACGCCUUCCCAGUGGAAUUUUCAGGUUGGACCAUCUCCUGGCAUUACAGCAGCCGAUGAUUUGUGGAUGGCUCGCUACAUACUCAGUAGGUUAGUUGAAGAAUACGGAACUGUUGCUACAUUUGAACCACAACCAGUACCCGAUUGGCCUGGUAACGGAACGUUUGCUUACUUUUCUUCUAAGGAUAUGAGGGAGGAAGACGGAAUAUUGGUUAUAGAGAGAGCUAUAGAUAAGCUGUCGCGUCGUCACGGAGUGCAUAUCAAUGAGUAUGACGCUCACAAUGGAGCUGACAAUGCACGACGUCUUACUGGAAAAAACGGAAUGCCCAACAUACGGGAUUUCACUGCGGGCGUGGCAAACCGUUGUUGUUCAGUUCGUAUUCCUCGUCAAGUCUCUGAAGACAAGCACGGUUAUUUGGAGGACCGACGGCCAGCUGCCAACGCUGAUCCUUAUCGCAUCAUAUCUAUCUUACUAAAAACAUGUAUAUUUGAUGAAUGA